AUGACUCUCCUCCUCCGAUUCGCCGCUCUCGUCGCCCCCGUCGCCCUCGUCGCCCUCGGACACGGAGAGCCCCUCCGCAUCGUCCACUCGAGUCAACAAACCUGGGCCGAGCUCCGAGUGCGCGUCACCACCGACACCCUCAUCGCCAGGGGCCACGACGUCGUCCUCUCGAGCCCGUGGAAGGACCAAUGCGAUACAGGCAUCUGCUUCGGGUAUAAGCAGCGCUUCAGGACUUGCCAGUACCGAAGCUGCAUCCUCUCCGACGACGUCUGGGGUCGCAACCUCUCGCAGCCCCAUCUGCACUGGGUCAAGGGGUCUACCAAAAAGGCACUCCGCCUCGGCAUCGACAAGUUCGGCCCCGAGCUGUGGCAGCAUAAAUCGCCCGAUCUCGCCGUCAUCGGCCCCGGCUUCGGCACCGUAUUCACCAACCAGGACAUGCCUCUGUCGCUCGCCAUCGGCGCCGCCUCCUUCGCCGUCAAGAACGCUCGCGUGCCGGCCAUCGUCGUGACGGUCAACGAAAAGGGCCACCUCCCAUGGUUCACCACGCCGGUUCCCUUGUCCGUCCAGAUAUACGCCGAGCUCGUCGCCAAGCUCGUCGACACCCUCGCCGAGUCCGGGAAACCUCUCGUCCCCGACAGACUCUUGCUCAGCGUCAACAUCCCGCCGGUCGACGCGUCCUGCGACGACGUCUCCAAGUUCCCCUGGAUCCUGACCCGCGUGGGGAAGAGGUUGAUGGGUGACGACAUUGCCUGGUGCGGAACCAAGCUGCUUCCGACGGAAUGGCAGGUCAUGCAGGAGUCGACCUUGUGCGCCGUCUCCGUCUCCUUCGCCUAUGCCCGCACCCUCCGCACCCCAAACGAUCACCGCUUGCAGAGGGACAUUCGGAACAAGCUGAGGCCCAUUCUGAGCUGCAUCGACGUCAAGAAUCACACACUUAUUUCAACCACCUAG